UGCUGAACAUAGCCAUGGUAACAUUACCAGUAACCUAUAUGCAAACAUUUGGUGGCACAGAAAGAAAGGAAAAGGUAUAGCAAACAAUUGAUUGACUAAAUUCCUCUUGCCUCUAUACUAUAUCUGACUGGGUAAAUAAUUCCUCUUGCCACUAUACUAUAUCUGACUGGGUAAAUAACUUUAUUUUGAGUUAAUGUGGACCCAGUGACUCAGACUUGAGCACUUGUACCAGGACUCGAGCACUGGGACUCGGACUUCAGCCAUAGGGACUCGAGCACUUGGGACUUUAUUGGGAUUUGAGGUUUAGUGACUCGACUACAUCACUGGGCGAAAUGGUCAUUAGCUCCCAUUCAAAGUAAUUAACCCCCUUUCUACUUCUGGACAUCAAUGUGGCUGUGGCAUCUGGGGAACGUUGAUUACAAUGGCAAUGACGUGACUGAGUGACGGAGGUGCAACCCAUACUACUUUGUCAAUACUUUAAAGGCACCAUCUGGUGAUAGUGCCUCUCUCUCGCUCUCUCUCUCUUCCUCCCUCCCUCCCAGCGCUUGUGUCUGUUUGUUUUUUAUGUAAUGUGCAAUAUCUAUGUAGGCUGAAUUAGGAAUUUACAUGGCCAGAUAAUUCUUAAAUAUGUUUGUCAUAUUUCUGCUGUUGGGAAGAGAAUAGGAUGUUAUGGAGAAAAAUAUGUUGGUAGGACAAGUGUAUGUAUGUUUGUGCACAUGGAAGUCAGUGAUCUAUGUUUACAAUAGGUUAGUGAGGCAAUACAAAUGUGAUGUGACUAAAAUGAAAGGGCAUUUAGUUGACAAAAAAACUAUACUAAAUCAUUAUUCAAAUGACAAAAAUGUGACUAAGACUUAAUUAUAUUUUAGUCAAAAUGACUAAGAUUAGACUAAAUCUAAAAAAAAGAGUGCCAAAAUUGAUACUGCACCAAAUGGACUGAAACAAGUUCUUGCCAAGUCCAUUGCUAUCAUUGUCAAGCCAAACAUGAGUUUGCAAGAGCGCACACAGACUGGCAUGGCAUCCAGGCUAACACCUACUGUACUGUAGGCCUACCUGAUGGACCCUCAGCCUCCUUCUGCUUUUAUGUUUCACAUUUAUACAUGCACUGUAUCUAUCAUCAUUAGUUGCCUUUUUGAAUUUAACAAUUUAAUAUUAAAUAUUGAAUUUAGGAUUAAUUUCUCUUUGUUUUUUAAGUUAUGAUAAAUGCAUUUUUGGAAUGUAUGAUGGGAAGAAAAAGUUCUGUAGUAUUUUAUAAUGUACAAAGCCUUGACUUCUGGUUCUAAAUAAAAUGCAUGCAUAGAGUUACAGUCACCGUGUGGUAUGUGGUUUAAAUAUGUUUGAUGAAAGUGAAAAAUGUGUGCAGUAUAAUGGAUAGUAAAGUAGACUAUAACAUUAUUGUAUAUCAAAGACAUUACAACUGAAAGUGAUGUAGUUUGCUGCAUAUUUCCUAAUGUUUACUGAGAUAAGAUGUACUCGCUUUGUUUGAAGAUAUGAUGCAUAUUCUGCUCAUAGAACUUGAUAAUAGAUCAAGUGUACGUUCUUCCAUUUCUAUGGUAGACGCGCCGAUACUGUCUGGCGCGCUGACGUCACUUCCGCAAAGUGCAACGUGCAUGUUUGACAACAAGCUCUACGUGGAUUUCGGGAAUAUCUUUUGCCUCAAAUCGUCCAACGAUGACUAAAUUACAAUAUCUGAAUGUGUAUCUGACUGAGCGUCUCAUGCAAGCUGCUGGGGAGAUACUAAGAGUUGUUGCAGACACGUUCUCCGAGUACCAGGAAGAAAUAGCCCGGACAAAGAGAGAGAACCAAUACCUGAAACGACAGCUGAACACACCGGUACUACCGCAGGCCCCUCCGCCCAUACUGUCUUGUGUCCCGCAGCAGCAAACUCCCCCUGAGCAGCAGCACUGUGAGCAGGAGUGGAGCCCCAGGCUGGGCCAGGAGGACCUAGAGACCACAUAUAUUAAAGAGGAACAGGGUGAACUCAGGGCCAGUCAGGAGGAAGAGCACCUUCAAGUACCGGAGUAUGAUACCAAAGAAGACUCCAUAUCUACUCCUCCCUGUGUGGAAAAUAAUGCGGACCGACCUCAGCCCUCACAUCUUCCCCGAACCCAAACUGUGGAGAACAGAGAGGGGGAGUCUCUACUGACCAACACAACUGGAAAGAUCAAAACAGAACCUGAUGGCUAUGGAGUAUCACUAUCAGAACCAACCAGUGACUCCCCUCAGUCUCAGCCCGUCUCUGAAGUAAAUCCAGACUGUUCUAGAACACAACAGUCAGAACACUGA